CCCUUUUCCAAAGAGAAAUGAAGAGGAAAACUGUAUAUACCCUAAAUAUGGGAGAUAAGAAGUAUGAAGAUAUGGAAGGUGAAGAAAACAGAGAUAAUACUGUUCCCACUGGUCUGUUGUACAGUGAGGCUGACAGAUGCCCAAUAUGUCUUAAUUGUCUGUUAGAAAAGGAAGUUGGUUUUCCAGAAAGCUGUAAUCAUGUCUUCUGUAUGACUUGUAUUCUUAAAUGGGCAGAGACAUUGGCUUCAUGUCCUAUUGACCGAAAACCUUUUCAGGCAGUGUUUAAAUUCAGUGCAUUGGAAGGUUAUGUUAAGGUUCAAAUAAAAAAACAACUGAGAGAAAUAAAAGACAAGAAAAAUGAAAACUCAUUUGAGAAACAGCUCUCCUGUCAUGAAAAUUCUAAAAGCUGUAUAAGAAGAAAAGCCAUCGUAAGAGAAGAUCUAUUAAGUGCAAACAUUUGUGAUUUGAAAUUGAUACAUAGUAACUCUUUAUUCAGUGAAACAGGAGGAAAGAAAAAUGCAACAAUAAAGAUAAAUAAGCCUCAGAGAUCAAAUUGGAGUACAAAUCAGUGUUUCAGAAAAUUUUUCUCCAAUAUGUUUUCUUCUAUUAGUCACCCUGGAGAAUCUUCCUUUACCUAUAGAGCUUAUUGUACAGAAUUUCUAGAAGUCAGUGAAAUCAGUGCAUUGAUAAGGCAGAAGAGACAGGAUCUGGAAUUGUCAUGGUUUCCUGAUACAUUACCUGGUAUUGUAAGAAUUGGUUUUAUACCCUGGAAUGUUGAAACAGAAGUCCUUCCUCUCAUUUCUUCUGUGUUGCCAAGAACUAUUUUUCCAACAAGUACCAUAUCUUUAGAAAAUUUUGGUACUUCUUGCAAGGGAUAUGCAUUAGCACAUACUCAAGAAGGGGAAGAAAAGAAGCAAACUUCUGGUACAUCAAAUACCAGAGGAUCAAGACGAAAACCUGCAAUGACAACUCCUACAAGGAGGUCUACACGUAACACAAGAGCUGAAACAGUCAGUCAGUCUCAGAGAUCCCCAAUAUCAAAUAAUUCUGGGUGUGAUGCCCCAGGUAACAGUAAUCCAUCUUUAAGUGUUCCUUCUUCAGCUGAGUCAGAAAAGCAAACAAGACAGGCUCCAAAACGGAAGGCUGUAAGAAGAGGAAGAAAACCAGCUUUACUGAAAAAGAAACUUCGGAGCUCUGUAGCUGCCCCUGAAAAAUCAUCUUCCAAUGAUUCAGUAGAUGAAGAAACAGCAGAAUCUGACACAUCACCUGUGUUAGAAAAAGAGCACCAAUCAGAUGUAGACAGUAGUAACAUUUCUACUUUGCAGACACAUAUAGAAAACCAGUCUGAUAACUGUUUGAAAAGUUGCAAUGAGCAAACAGAAGAAAGUGAGAAACAGACUGCAAAUCAUGAUACAGAGGAAAGAGUAGAAUCUUCAUCUUCAGAGUCUUGUGCUCAAGAUCCUCCUGUGCUAGUUGGUGAGGAAGGCAAAGUUCAAAAACUUGAGAAUACAGGUAUAGAGGCUAAAGUUUUGUGUGUGGAAAGUGAGAUUUCUAAAAAUAUUUUUGAAAAAGGAAGUGAUCCAUUGGAAAAGCAAGACCAGGUAUCUGGAUUUUCAGAAUCAGAGGUAAAGGCAGAUGUAUGUACAGUUCAUCUUCCAAAUGAUUUUCCUACAUGUUUAACAUCUGAAAGCAAAGUACAUCAACCUGUAUCUAGUCCUGUAAGUGAGUUAUCUGAGAAUGUAGAGUCAGUGGUUAAUGAAGAAAAAAUGACAGAGAGUUCCAUAGUAGAAAUUACUGAACAUAAAGAUUCUGCACUAAAAACAGAGGAGCUUAUAGAGAGCCCCAAGUUAGAAUCUUCUGAAGAUGAAAUUAUACAAACAGUGGGCAGAAGAUCUGUUACGAGCCCAGAGGUUCAAUUGCUUGAGCAUGUUGAAACUGAAGAUGCAGAAAUAAUUGCAACAUGUGAUACAUCUGGGAAUGAAGAUUUCAAUAAUAUUCAAGACUCUGAAAAUAAUUUAUUAAAAAAUAAUCUUUUGAACACCAAACUGGAAAAAUCUUUAGAAGAAAAGAAUGAAUCACUCAUCGAACAUCCCAGAUCUACAGAGUUGCCUAAAACACACAUUGAUCAGAUUCAGAAGCAUUUUAACGAGGACAACAAUGAAAUGAUACCUAUGGAGUGUGAUUCAUUAUGCGGUGACCAAAAUGAAUCUGAAGUUGAACCAUCUGUAAAUGCUGAUCUUAAACAAAUAAAUGAAAAUUCUGUGAUACACAGUUCUGAAAAUAAUAUGUCGUCUUCAGUUCUUGCAGAUGAAAAGGUUGAAACUAUAUCUCAACCAUCUGAAUGCCCAGUAGAUACUAUGGACAAAGCCAAAAAGCCUCGUACUCGAAGAUCUAGAUUUCAUUCUCCAUCUACAACUUGGUCUCCCAACAAAGACACUCCACAAGAAAAGAAGCGGCCCCAGUCUCCAUCUCCCAGAAGAGAAACGAGGAAAGAAAGCAAGAAGUCUCAAUCACCAUCUCCUAAGAAUGAGUCUGCCAGAGGCCGGAAAAAAUCCCGUUCUCAGUCCCCAAAAAAGGAUAUUGCAAGAGAAAGGAGGCAAUCUCAGUCUCAGUCUCCAAAAAGGGAUAAUACUAAGGAAAGCAGAAGAUCUGAAUCACUGUCCCCAAGAAGAGAUACUUUGAGAGAGAACAAAAGAUCUCAACCAAGAGAGAAAGAUUCCUCCCCAGGAGAAAAAUCUAGGUCCCAGAGCAGAGAAAGAGAAAGUGAUAGAGAUGGGCAGAGGAGAGAGAGAGAAAAGAGAACCAGAAAGUGGUCUAGGUCCAGAUCUCAUUCUAGGUCCCCCUCAGGAUGUAGACCAAAAAGUAAGAGUUCAUCAUUUGGUAGAAAUGACAGAGAUAGUUACGCUCCCCGCUGGAAGGGAAGAUGGGCAAAUGAUGGUUGGAGAUGUCCACGAGGAAGUGAUCGGUACAGAAAGAAUGACCCAGAGAAACAGAAUGAAAAUACAAGAAAAGAAAAAAAUGACAUCCACCUAGAUGGUGAUGAUCCAAAUUCUGCUGACAAACAUAGGAAUGACUGUCCCAGUUGGAUAACAGAAAAAAUAAACUCUGGGCCUGAUCCAAGAACCAGAAAUCCAGAAAAGUUGAAAGAGUCUCAUUGGGAAGAAAAAAGAAAUGAAAAUUCAGGAAAUUCUUGGAAUAAAAACUUUGGUUCUGGUUGGGUAUCUAACCGUGGUAGAGGCAGAGGCAACCGUGGCAGAGGCACUUACAGAAAUAGUUUUGCCUAUACAGAUCAGAAUGAAAAUAGGUGGCAAAACCGAAAGCCCCUCUCAGGGAAUUCAAACAGUUCGGGGAGUGAAUCUUUCAAGUUUGUGGAACAGCAGUCCUAUAAGCGGAAAAGUGAACAAGAGUUCGCAUUUGAUACACCAGCAGAUAGAUCCGGGUGGACCUCUGCAUCUAGCUGGGCUGUGAGAAAGACUUUGCCAGCGGAUGUACAAAACUACUACUCGCGACGAGGCAGAAAUUCUUCAGGUCCACAGUCUGGAUGGAUGAGGCAAGAGGAGGAAACAUCUGGACAGGAUUCUAGCUUAAAAGACCAAACAAACCAGCAAGUUGAUGGUUCUCAGCUACCUAUAAAUAUGAUGCAACCACAAAUGAAUGUAAUGCAGCAACAAAUGAAUGCACAACACCAGCCUAUGAAUAUCUUCCCAUAUCCAGUGGGUGUUCAUGCUCCUUUGAUGAACAUCCAACGCAAUCCAUUUAACAUUCAUCCUCAGCUACCCUUGCAUCUCCACACAGGAGUGCCCCUCAUGCAGGUAGCCGCUCCUACCAGUGUAUCUCAGGGACUACCACCACCGCCACCCCCUCCCCCACCAUCCCAACAAGUCAACUACAUUGCUUCACAACCAGAUGGAAAGCAGUUGCAGGGUAUUCCUAGUUCUUCUCAUGUAAGUAAUAACAUGAGUACACCAGUUUUGCCUGCUCCGACAGCAGCCCCAGGAAAUACGGGAAUGGUUCAGGGACCAAGUUCUGGUAAUACUUCGUCAUCAAGUCACAGCAAAGCCUCUAAUGCUGCUGUAAAAUUGGCAGAAAGCAAAGUAAGUGUUACAGUGGAAGCCAGCGCAGAUAGCUCGAAGACAGACAAGAAAUUGCAGAUUCAAGAAAAAGCAGCACAAGAGGUAAAAUUGGCCAUUAAGCCAUUUUACCAAAAUAAAGAUAUCACCAAGGAAGAAUAUAAAGAAAUUGUACGGAAAGCAGUAGAUAAAGUUUGUCAUAGUAAGAGUGGAGAAGUAAAUUCUACUAAAGUGGCAAAUCUGGUUAAAGCCUAUGUAGACAAAUACAAAUAUUCACGGAAGGGGAGCCAAAAGAAAACUCUGGAAGAAACUGUGUCUACUGAAAAAAACAUAGGCUGAAAUGGGGAACGCUGUAAAGGACAUUAUCAGGAUAUCUGCAAAGUGCAAUUUCAACAUAUACCAUUAACUGAAAAUCAUGCAUAACUGUGAUUGAAAUUUGGUUUUGAUAAAAUUAUUUUUUUAACAUAGGAUAUGAUGUUUUGUUCUAAAUAAAUAUAGUUCUGCACUGCAACUUCUGUAUCCUUCCUUCCCCUCCACCCUCCCUGACAAAUUCAAGGGAAAGUAAAGGGUUCAAAGGAAACGUGCACCUCUACUUACGUGUUACAGUGUGGAUACUGGAAGAUGUAUAGCUUUCUGAUUAGAGCAAUGGAGUGCAUAAAUUAGUAACUGCUAAGUGCACUGGUUUAGAAGAGAUUAUAUAUAAUGCAUUUAUUCUGCCAGGUUAAAAUAUAAAGUAUGAUCUUUAUGAUUUUUCCCUCUAAUUAUAGAAAGUUAAAUAAUGUAUUACAUUGAAAAAUAUUUCUAAUAUUAAAUAGAACAUAUCAAUUGCAGGGUUCCUAAUGUGUAUUUUUAAAGCACAUAUCUGAAUAAAUCACCUAGAUAGAAAAAAAAUUAUCACGAGUGAAAUUUAGUGUUCAAAACAUUCAGACACUCUUCACCUAUUGUAUGACCAAAUAAAGGUUAUGCUGCUUGUU